UUUUUGCUUUCGUCGACAAAUAGGAUGAUACGCUACAAUGGGAUAGGAUAUUUUUGAAUUUGCAACUGAAUAAUGAAUAAAACGAUAAAAUGGACAUAGACGAUUGUUUUUAUAAUGAUUUAUCAUUAUUGGUGGAUUCCCAGAAUGAUUAUGGAAUUACCAGUAAUGCCUUGGAUGAAUUAAUUGAUUCCACAGUAUCGAAUUUAGAUUCUUCGUUGGACUUGAAUACGUUUAUACCACAACCACAACAGCAGGCUUCUGUGCUCCAGCAAAGUAAACAUUUUUUCCCCGAUUUGUAUCAAACUUCGUUGCCGACAACAAAUCAUGACUUGGAUUUCAGCCUUGAUGGACUGUCGCCGUUUUCCUCUCCCACAUCGACGGUAGAGCGCACUCCAUCAACCUCAUCUGGCGAGGGUUCAGAGAAUUUCGAUGAUUUUCUUAACUUUCUCAACGAUGACAACAACAAAUUGGCCUGCGAUAGUCUGCUGGAGGACUUUAAACAGGAGCGUAAUACUCCAUCUCCUACUGGAAGCUAUAGCAGUUCCACCGGCAGUUCGACCGGUAGCUCAACAAGUGGAGUCCAUAGUGAUAACUCGGAUACUCCUCAAAUCAAAUCUCUGGAUCACAUAGACAUUGAGUCGGCGACACAUCACACUCAAUUUAGACCUCUGCAGCAAAACCACCAGGAAUCAAGCAUUUUAAUAAACAAACCCCUCCUUUUGACCGCGGACUCUGCACCAGCUUUACCCAAAACUAUCACAACGAAUGCUCAGCAAACAAAUCCGAAACAUAAUAUAUGCUUGUCCACCAAGACAGCGAAACUGACCCCAGUAUCCACCGUCCUACCUGCUGUUGCCGCUGGCUGCAUCAAUGUAUCAGCCCAAACCCAAUUUAAAGCCCAAAAGGCCAAUCCAAAUUCCAAGCCUAUUUCAGUUGAAGCAUCAACUGCUUCGAGUAGCGCUAAGCCAAAAACCAUAUUCCUAUCGGCUCAGGACUACAAGGCCUUGUUGCAAAAGAUGAACUCAAAUAACGCUAAGGGGGCUAAAAUCGAUGGCUCUGUCAACACACAUGCCCCAAAGAUUGUCAUGAAGAAUUUCAAUGGCAAAAUAAUUGGAACAUCCAACACAGUUGAUCAGACGGCUCGUAUUAUCAAGACACAUGAAUCGGUAUCACCUCUGCCUAACAGUGGGCGAGUAAAUACUAUCCCCUCGCCAGCAGCAACAACAACCAAUUCCAAUAAAAGAUUUAAAGGCAUGAUCGAUGAAAAGAUGUACAAGAAACAGCAGCGUAUGAUCAAAAAUAGGGAAUCUGCUUCCCUAUCACGUAAAAAGAAGAAGGAAUACGUGGUGUCCUUGGAGAGUCAAAUCAAUAAGCUUGAAAAGGAGAACUAUACGCUGAAAGGGGAAAAUGGAACAUUGCGAAAUCAACUUGUCGCUUUUGCAAGGACCUGCAGAUGCCGCAAUGGAAACGCCAGCGAAUUCGUUCUCAAUUCAUUGAAUGCAGCCGUUAAAGGUGAACAGCAGGAACAUGUGAAAAUUGCACCAAAACCAAAGUGCUCCAGCCAUCGAAUGAAUGCCACCACUGUAAAGAAAAAUGUGGCAGUGCUUUUUGCAAUGGCCUUUAUGGUCACCCUCAAUGCGGGCAACUUUCAAUCGUAUCUAAACAACCAAUUGAUGGAGGAGGAUGGAGUCCUGCAGGAAACCAUUGUGCCGGAGGCAUCAUCAACAGGUCGGCGAUUGCUUUGGGUGGAAACCGAAGAGGAAUACAAUGAGAAUUUAAAUCGAAGCAAACGUCAACUAGACGAAUUGGUGGUACCACCUCUACAUUUUCUGCAUCCAACUAAACGCGGUAAUACCAUAAAUGACCAAGAAUCGAAGAACUAUAGCAACAAAAGCAAUUUGAAUAAUAAUGCAAUAACCGAACCACCGCCUUUAGUGUAUCCUACGAUACCGAAAUGCAAUGGCAAUUGUAAUAAAUCAAAUUCUAUUGGAAAUCAAACUGAAUACACACGAAUUGCGGACAAUUUACAAAAAUGGGCUAACGGAAACGAUUACUUUAACUUGAGCAUGAAUUCAAACUUUGGCAAUGAACCGGACAAACACAAUCCGCAUGGCUUUAAAUUAUCAAGAGAUUAUCUGGAAUUUAAACCAGAUAUCGAACGGCAUCAAGGCAAACGGAAGAGAUAUAUGGAAUACAGCGAUUACUCAACGGAUAUGGAAAAAGACGACAAGGAAAAGAAAGAAACAAUGGAAACCAAUAGAAGUGGCGAGACAUUCAACAAUAAAACUAAAAACAUUCCACUAUUCAAUGUCAUUAAACGUCAAGACGAUACAUUGUAUGUGCUUUCAUUCAAUAUGGAUCACAUAAUGCUACCGGCCUCUAGUUACAACAAAGGUAAUCGGCCGAAAAUGUCGCUGCUGCUCCCAACGGGAGAUCACACACCCAGCGGGGACAUUAUGCUUAUGCAGGUCGAUUGUGAGGUGUUCAACACAAAAGAGCUGGAGUUGAAAUCCCAUAUGAUACCGCCACAGCUACGGUCGAAUUUUUCAAAAUGGCAUCAGCCAAAUAUGACCAGAUUCACGCAGACAGAGGAGGGUUCAACGGCGUUCAACGAGACGGACAGUAAUAAACUGUUUGACAAACUACCCAAGAAAUAUGAGAAGCCUCGCGUACGUACUUUCUUUAUGAUGGGCCCAAAAAAUCAGGCCGCAGCUGCAGCAUCGCAGGAGAAGCCUCGCUUAGUUAAAUUUAACAGCAGUAUGAUCAAUAAUAGUAACAGCAGCAUUAAAGGGCCUGCUUCAGCCAGCUUUAAUGACCGGAAACGCGAAACGGUUCAAUUCAAACAAAACCCUUGAAGGGUAUUGCCAGGAAUUUAGUUUGAAGUUUUCCUAGUAGCCCUUCACACUUUUGGCACUUGCAAUAUACAAUACUUCACCCCUCCCUUUAUGUUAAAGAAAAGUUUUAUUUACAUGGCAUGCCCAAGUUUAAGAUAAUAUUUUUUCAUGUACAUAUACAUAUAUACUAUAUGUUUUUAUUGGCAUAAUCUAGUUG